UCGAUACUUGAAUGGUUUUUGUUUCUCUCUCAGAAAUUUCUUAUUCUUCUUUCUUCUACACGGAGAGAGAGAAGAGAGAGAGGAUCGCCGGCCACCUUGCAGAGAGGGAAAGAAAGGAGACGCUUUCUUCCACAUCCCUCUCUCUAAAAAAGUCAAUACAAAAUCCCCAAUUCCUCAAUUCCUCAAAACCCACCACCACCACCCCCAUUUCCAAUUAAACCCCCUCCCCCCACCCACACCAAAGAAAAAAAAAAAAAAUCCGUUCGUCUCUUUGAUCAUCGCAUACAAUUCGAAUCCAUAGGUCGAGUGGGUUUUUCUUAAUUUUCGGAAAAGAAAAAGAAUUUAAAAUCUCUGCUGCGGAAGACAGGGUUCGUCUCCGAUGAGUUCCAAUACGGCGCCGUCUAGCUCAGGAGGCGCCGGAUCUGCGGAUGCAACGUCUACCAGGAGGCAUUCCAAGCGACCCAAAUAUUCAAGAUUUACUCAGCAGGAACUUCCAGCAUGCAAGCCAAUUCUCACGCCACGAUGGGUGAUCUCAGCAUUCAUGCUCGUAAGCAUUGUCUUCAUUCCCAUCGGAGUUGUUUCCCUCUUUGCUUCUCGAGAUGUUGUUGAAAUUAUUGAUCGGUAUGAGACUGCUUGUAUACCAACACCCGCUAGAGAUGAUAAGGUCAGGUUCAUACAAGGGCCUGGAGUUAAAACAUGUAACAGAACUCUAAAGGUAUCAAAGCAUAUGAAGCAGCCUAUAUAUGUAUAUUACCAGCUUGACAAUUUUUACCAGAAUCAUCGCAGAUAUGUUAAGAGUCGAAGUGAUCAACAGUUGAAAGAUCCAAAGUCUCAGAGUGAAAUAGAUGCUUGUAAGCCUGAAGAUAAAGCAAAUGGUCUACCUAUAGUACCUUGUGGUCUUAUUGCUUGGAGUUUGUUCAACGACACCUAUAGUUUUUCCCGCAAUAGCCAGCCGUUGACGGUGAACAAGAAGGAUAUCUCGUGGAAGAGUGAUAGGGAGCACAAGUUUGGCAAAAAUGUCUUUCCAAAGAACUUUCAGAAUGGAACUCUUAAAGGUGGCGCGUCUCUGAAUAUCUCUAAACCAUUAAGUGAGCAAGAGGACCUUAUUGUUUGGAUGAGAACUGCUGCACUACCGACAUUUAGAAAGCUGUAUGGAAAGAUAGAGGUGGAUCUGGAAGAAAAUGAUACGAUAGAAGUGACACUGGAGAACAAUUACAACACAUACAGUUUUAAUGGAAAGAAGAAGCUCGUGCUCUCGACCACCAGUUGGAUUGGUGGCAGGAAUGACUUCCUUGGCAUUGCUUAUCUCACUGUUGGAGGGUUGUGCUUCUUUCUAGCCAUGGCUUUCACGGUUGUGUAUCUUGUUAAGCCAAGGCAACUUGGAGACCCAUCGUAUUUGUCGUGGAACAGAAAUCCGGGAGGUCACUAAGGCGAGUAGAACCGCCGAUGUCGACGGACUGGCUUAAGCGUUUCCGAAUGACCGAUUUUAAUUAUAUGUAAAUUAGUGUUUUCAGUGUGAGCAGUACAUAUAACUUUGAAAAUAAUUUUGUGUCAUUUGGAGUUUUCUUUCGUUAAUUUUUUUUCGCAAUCUCUUUCGAGAGUGACUGAAUGAACGCGUCCAUGUAUAAUUCCACGAAUAUUGAAUACAUCUAAAGUCAUGUCCAUUGAUCGAUCGCUUUGUA